UGCGUUAUCUUUUCUAUUUUGCUUCUUCAUUUCUAUAAAUACAACACACUUCUCUUGGUUAAAAGGAAGAAGAAAUUUUCAGACCAAAAAAAAUAAAUAACCUUAGGGUUUCGUUUUUGCAAACAAAUAGUAGUUUGUGAAAAUGACGAAAUUUGAAGCCAUGGAGAUAGAAGAUAGGCAAGAAAGAAUGGAAGAUGGCAAGAAAACAGAUGAAACUGAAUUAACAACAGAAGAGUUAUUUGAAUCAAAAGAAGUACCAGCAUGGCAAUCACAGUUAACUCUUAGAUCAGUAGUUAUUAGUGCAAUAUUAGGAUUUUUAUUCACAUUCAUUGUGGUAAAACUUAAUCUUAGUACUGGUAUUAUACCUUCUAUGAAUGUUGCUGCUGGUCUAUUAGGGUUUUUCUUUAUUAAAUCAUGGACUUCUUUGUUAGAGAAAUUUGGCAUUCAGAGCCAACCUUUUACAAGACAAGAAAAUACUGUGAUUCAGACUUGUGUUGUUGCAACUUCUGGUAUCGCUUUCAGCAGUGGAUUUGCCAGUUACAUACUUGGUAUGACAAAGGUCGUGGCUGACCAAGGACCGGCUUCGUCAAACACACCCAACAAUGUCCUUAAACUCGAAUUGGGUUGGAUGUUUGGUUUUCUUGUAUGUGUCAGUUUUGUUGGUCUCUUCUCCAUUCUUCCUUUGAGAAAGAUUAUGAUCCUGGAUUACAAAUUGACAUAUCCAAGUGGGACUGCUACAGCAUACCUUAUCAACAGCUUCCACACACCCAAAGGAGCCAAGUUAGCGAAGAAACAAGUGAGAGCACUUUUCAAAUGGUUCGGUGGUAGUUUUUUGUGGGCUUUCUUCCAAUGGUUCUUUACUUCUUCAGACGACUGCGGGUUUGCAAAUUUCCCCACUUUUGGUCUUAAAGCUUAUACACAGAAGUUCUACUUUGAUUUCUCAGCUACAUAUGUUGGGGUAGGCAUGAUUUGCCCUUACUCGGUAAACUUAUCGAUGUUACUUGGUGCCGUGGUCUCAUGGGGAAUAAUGUGGCCGCUUGUUCAACAAAAGAAAGGUGACUGGUUCAGCGCUGAUCUCCCUCUAAGUAGUCUAAAUGGUCUACAGGGAUACAAGGUCUUUAUCUCGAUUUUCAUGAUCCUUGGAGAUGGAUUAUACCAUUUUGUCGCCGUGCUUAUUAAAACCUUGAUUAACUUAAAAAGAACCGUAUCAAAGAGAAACUCAGAUCAGUUUUCAACUAAUAGUUCUGAUGAACCUGUUAUGAGUUAUGAUGAUAAACGUCGAACUGAAUACUUCCUGAAAGAUCAGAUUCCACUUUGGGUUGCUGCACUCGGCUACACUUUGUUGGCAGUAGUCGCCAUCAUAGCUGUUCCAUUUAUAUUUCAUUCAAUAAAGUGGUACCACAUUCUGAUCAUUUACCUUAUUGCACCUAUCUUGGCCUUCUGCAACUCUUACGGCUGCGGUUUAUCUGAUUGGUCUUUAGCUUCUAGCUACGGAAAACUAGCCAUUUUCAUAUUUGGUUCCUGGGUUGGUUUAGCCAAUGGAGGGAUUGUCGCUGGUCUAGCUGCGUGCGGUUGUAUGCUGAGUAUAGUAUCGACAGCAUCUGAUUUGAUGCAGGAUUUCAAGACAGGUUACCUAACCCUUGCUUCACCAAGAUCUAUGUUCGCUAGCCAAAUAAUCGGAACUUUACUUGGAGUUAUUUUAUCUCCACUUGUUUUCUGGUUCUUCUUCUACAAAGCUUAUCCUGAUCUUGGGCAUCCUAAUACAGCGUAUCCAGCUCCUUUUGGGGCUUUAUACCGUGGUAUUGCACUAAUUGCUAUUGAGGGAACAUCUGCUCUACCAGAGAACUGCUUAAAAUUAUCGAUCCUAUUCUUCUUCAUUGCUGUGGCCCUUAACUUACUCAAAGAGGUUUUAGUGCACUAUAAGUGCAAGGCUCAUAAGUAUGUUCCAAGUGCUAUGGCUAUGGCUAUUCCUUUCUACUUAGGAGGGUAUUUCACAAUAGAUAUGUGUGUUGGAAGUUUGUAUAGAUACUGGAGGGAGAAGAAUAACAAAACUGAAGCCGAUGCUUUUGUGCCCGCCGUUGCAUCAGGGAUGAUUUGUGGUGACUCGUUGUGGGGAAUGCCAGCAGCUAUACUUUCAUUGGCUAAAGUUAACCCUCCUAUGUGUAUGAAGUUCCUUUCAAGCGCUACAAAUGCCAAGGUUGAUGUGUUCUUGGAAGGUUGAUCUGAUUCAUUUAAAACACAAUAACAGCUGCUAGUCUCUUGAUUACUAUUAUUAUAAGACUUGUUAAAAUUCUCUUAGAUUUGCUUCAUAUUCGGAUUUAUGUACAUAUAUUUAUAAGCUUCUAUAGAUUCACCCUACAUGUCAGUUGUCUUUAGUAUGUUAAAACAGAGAAUCUUAAUAUGGUUUUAUGAAUGUUUUCUUGAAAUU